GCAGCCAGCCUACUGUGCCACUGCUAGGGCGGAGAGCGAUUCGUGAGAGAAAACAGCGCUUGGUUUCGGUAGUGUGCGUGACGGCGGCAGGCAAGAGCCUCGUGUCGGUAUACAGGUGCGAUCGCAGUGUGCGUGUUGUCGGCGCGGACCAUUUGCAAAGCUGACAGCAAUAUGAGGUAGAGCACCACAAGAGUGAGAGAACGGCAGUCGAUGCGGAAGGUUGUGCUUGUGAUUUUGCUGCUGGUGCCAGCGUAGAAAAUUAAUCGAGAAGAAAAAAAUCGAGAGAAAAAAAAGUCCGAGAAAAGGAGUGGAAAAUUGAUAGGCUAGGCGCUGUGUGUUUUAAAGAGUUCUGGGCCCCCGUUUUUGUUCGUGUGUCCACCGUGGUUGGCAGGUUUUUUGGGGUGCUGCUGGGCAGAGCCUGGCGUGUGUGUGACGUGCAAAGUCACGGCAUACUGCGUGGAUAAUGGUGUGAAAAGAAGUGGUAGACUCGUGACGACGGCAGAAAAGUAUAAAGUAGCUGAAAAUUUGGUGUUCGAUCGACCGUUUUGUGGCUAAAUUCCGUAGCGCGGCUAGAGCGUCCGAGGCGCGUGGGUCCGUCACACGGCGGAACGUGCUUGAGGAGUGUGUGUGUGCGCACCUUCCCCUCCUGCCUGCCAGGUGGAAGUGGACCACCACCGGAACAUCCCCAACAACAACAUGUCUGAUAAAGUGUCGAUAUCGCCAUCCAAAAGUCGGAGGCAAUUACGUGAACGGAAGCAACGCAAGCUGUACUCGGAAGAGUGGGCCCUCGGCGAUGAUGACUACGAGGGGGCGCGGGGCUUCAGCGUGGCCGAAAAGCUGGAGUCGGCCCGGUUUGCGCAGUCCGGAAUGGUGCGCGAGAUGAAGGGAAGCGAUCUGACCGUUGGAUUCCUACAACAGUAUGGCUUCAACAUACCGCUGCUGUUCAAGGAAAAGACCGGUCUCGGUCUGCAAGUGCCAUCACCCAACUUCAGAAUCAACGACGUGCGGAUGUGCGUCGGAUCAAGGCGGGUCCUCGACGUGAUGGACGUCAACACCCAGAAGAACGUCGAGAUGACCAUGAAGGAGUGGGAAAAAUACUACGAGGAUCCCAACAAGAAAAAGCUGCUGAACGUGAUCUCACUGGAGUUUUCCCAUACGAAGCUGGAGAACUACGUCCAGAGCCCGAACAUUGUACGUCAGAUCGAUUGGGUCGAUGUGGUUUGGCCGAAGCAGCUGAAGGAAUCCCAGGUGGAGGGAACCAACGUGUUGAAUGAAAUGAUGUACCCAAAAGUGCAAAAGUAUUGUCUGAUGUCGGUGAAGAACUGCUACACCGAUUUUCACGUGGACUUUGGUGGAACGUCAGUGUGGUACCACAUCUUGAAAGGAAGUAAAGUGUUCUGGUUGAUUCCACCGACGGAGAAGAACCUGCAGUUGUACGAAAAAUGGGUGCUGUCUGGAAAACAAUCGGACAUCUUUUUCGGUGAUACCGUCGAGAAGUGCGCCCGAGUGUAUCUUACUGCUGGUAAUACCUUCUUCAUACCAACCGGAUGGAUCCACGCCGUUUAUACGCCAACAGAUUCGCUGGUGUUUGGUGGAAAUUUCCUGCACUCGUUUGGCAUCGUGAAGCAAUUGAAAAUCGCGCAAGUCGAAGACAACACAAAGGUACCGCAAAAGUUCCGGUAUCCCUUCUUCACGGAAAUGUUGUGGUACGUGCUGGCCAAAUAUGUCUACACCCUGUUGGGUCAUUCACAUUUGGAGGGUGAACCCGGUCGUGAAGCUGAACUGGUUGACAAAAGCCACGUGCAUUUAACCCAUUACGAGCUGUUCGGAUUGAAGGAGAUCGUCAUGUAUUUGUACGACUUACCACCACAGAGGAAGAACGUGCCAGAUUUGAUAAAAGACCCAGUGGCGUUGAUCAAGGACGUGAGAACCCUAGUCGAGCGUCACUGCAAGGACAAUCCAGAACAGGCAAUCACCGGAGUGCCGGUACUGCACCCCGAUCUCAACAAGAGCAAUAAUACGUAUCUCCGCGAGCGUUACGAGUACUACGCCGGCGAAGGCAUGAAAACGCCCGGCCCCAACGAAGAAGAAGGUGAAGCGUCACAAGCUAGUCAAGAGGAAAACACACAGGACAUGAUGCCACCAGCAAAGCAUUUAGCAGCACCGAUUGAGAGUGGCUCGUUGGCCCCACCGAACCCCCAAAUCGGUACGGACGAUCCAACGAGCAGCAACGGAGUAGGAUUGAUGGCUGCUCCGUCGAGUCAGCAAGACGAUGAUCGCAACUUUGUUUCGCCACGACCUGGCGGACCGGGGGCAAUCCGUGGACCGUACAAAAAGAGUAGCGGCAAUAACAGCAGCGGAGGAGGAGGUGGCAAUCGUUCCGGUUCAGAACGCCGGGAUGGAAAUGGUCCUCGAAGAAGACGAACGCGCUGCAAGAACUGCGAAGCUUGUCAGCGAUCGGACUGCGGCGAGUGCAGCUUCUGCCUGGACAUGGUCAAGUUUGGAGGUCCGGGACGGGCGAAGCAGACCUGCAUGAUGCGACAGUGUUUGCAGCCGAUGCUGCCGGUAACGGCACAGUGCGCGUACUGUCAUCUGGACGGAUGGAGACAGGCACCGAUAACGGCUCCGGCACAGGCCAAGCUGCAGGCACAAAUGCAGGAAGGACCGUCGGCGCUGAUGGAGUGCUCGGUUUGCUACGAAAUAUCCCACCCUGAUUGUGCCCAACGGCUGGCGCCAGAAAUCAACGGUAUCGUCAACGAGGACUUGCCGAACAGUUGGGAGUGUCCGACUUGUUGUAAAUCGGGCAAGAACACUGACUACAGGCCACGCCACUUCCGGGCACGACAAAAAUCGUCCGACAUUCGGCGCUUGUCAGUCAGCAGCGAUGCGUCCUCGGUUCAUGGGGACGUGGGCCGGAUAGGUGGCUCGGUUAUACAGCCGCCGAUGAGUAGUACGACGGCGGGUAGUGGCGAGAUGUCCGUGGUGGUUGCUCCGCGCUUCCAGAAUGACAUGUUGUUUGAUUUUGCCUCGUCGGGCAGUGCAGUCAUCGUGGGUGGAAACGGUGGGAACAUCCUGCUAUCGCGAAAGCCGAAAAUAAAGGACGAGGACAUGUCCAGCGGGUCGGAACAGGACAGUCAGAAGAUGGCAAUGGGUGGGACUUUGAUGCCGAACAGUGUACCAGUGAAAAUGGAAAUUAAGGAAGAACCAAUGGACGGUGCAGGACAUAGCAGUGGUAUUGGGUUGAAAAGUGGAGAAGGCAGUGUCGAUGCGAGACACGCUUCAGGAAGUAUGGUGAUGCCGAAGCGAAGAAAGAGUGACGAUGGAAACAGUAUGUGUAGCAGUGUGCAGGACUCUGUGGACAUCAGUGAGCCCAAUCAUUCUCUGCCGAGGAAGAAGUCAUCGCUCAGAACGCAGCUUGCCCAUCAGAUUCACAGUUCGUCGACGAAAGCAAUGAAAAAGCCGCUGUACCCGGUGAGGCCGGCACACGUGCACACGCCCGUUCUGUCCCAGCCGGGAAAUUACGCACUGGAUCCGACGUGUCUGCUAGCAGUAUUCCGUUACCUGCCCCCGGAGACCCUGGCCGCCUGUUCGUUGGUCUGCAAAACGUGGUCCAACAUCUCGGUGGACUCUUCACUGUGGAAGCGCAUGAACUGUGCAGAGUACAAACUCUCUCCUAGUCUGCUGACGGCCAUCGUACGCCGCCAACCGGAGCACCUGAUAAUGGACUGGAUCGGGCUGGGCAAGCGGCAAGUCACGUGGUUAAUUUCGCGAAUGCCAGGUCUGAAGCAUUUAUCCCUGCAAGGAACACCCAUCCAGGCCGUGCUGGGCCUGCACACGUGCAUGUGUCCGCCGUUGCAAAUUCUCGAUCUCAGCUUUGUAGCCGGACUGAACGAUUCAGCGAUUCGCGACAUCCUAAGCCCCCCGAAAGACUCCCGUCCAGGGCUUGCCGACUCCAAAUCCCGCCUCCGCAAUCUCAAAAUGUUGAAACUAGCCGGCACGGACAUCUCGGACGUCGCCUUGCGCUACAUCACCCAAGGCUUACCCAGCGUGACCCACCUGGAUCUGUCCUCGUGUCAACGCAUCACCGAUGCAGCCAUCGCACAAAUCGGAACGUCUCCGGCAGCCAUCAAAACCUUGAUCGAGCUGGAUCUCAGCUGCUGCAAACUGAUUACCGAGCUGUCCCUCGAUCAUCUGGCCAAGUGCGACGCCCUGACCAGGCUCGACCUGAGUCACGUGCCGCAGGUCACCACGCAGGCCGUCAUCAAAUUUGCGUCUACUUCGAAAAAUGACCUGCAACUGCACGACAUCAAGCUGGUCGACAAGCGAAAACCGGCUCAGUAAACUCAGUUUUGAUGCCAUUUUAGAACACUUUCACUACUAUUUUUCUCUUCAAGAAGCAUAAAAGUAGCCUGAUAAGAGCACACAGACUAGUUGAGUGAAUUAAGAAAUAGAACGUGUUUUUGUUAGAAUUUAAACUUUACAACACAUACACACAAACAAAAGCCAAAGACUACGUUUUAAGUUGCAGAAGGAGUAACAAAAUAUUCUUGUUUUCCCAACAUUCAAUUAUGUGUACACACUGUAUUAAUUGUAGAUGGACGUAAAAUAAUAAUGAGUGAAGCUUUAUGCACCGUAAAAUUUGUUCAAGUGAAAGAUUUCCAUUUUCCGCAGCAUGCAAUUCAGAGUAGGACGACGAGCAGAUGCUUCAAAAGCAUAUGUAUUUUAGUUUUUUAACGCGUAGACAACAGAUUCAUUGUAAGCACAGAGGAACCACAAUUUAAGGUAAAACGUUUAUUUUGUAGUGUCGUUUAUUCUGCCACUUUUCGCAUAAUUUAUUGUGAUUUUCAUGAUAAGAAAAAAACAUUAGCAAGACAUAUAUUAUGUGUUUUAGUUGAGGAGCUUUAGUGAGAAAACAAUUGUGUUUUUUUUAUCCGAGUAGAGAAAGGUAGAGUAGUGAGACAAAAGCGUGCAAUUUAUGUAACGUUUUCUAUUACGAUUAUACAACACACACAAAAACACAAUAGAUGUAGGAUAAAUAGUAUCGGAAACACCCUCGUUCUUGGCAUCUAGAACUUGAAUAGAUCAUAGUUUUAUCUUGAGCUGUAUUAGAGAAGACAACUAUUGCUGUCAUCAGUAAACGUUAGAUACAAAAAUGAACACACACACACACAAUUCUGACGUGAAAUUUAUCUAUUCAACCAGAAAUAUUGCUAAUCGUGGAGCCCACUAUUUGUAAAUAAAUUCUAAAAAUAAUUGUGAUCGAGA